AUGGCAGACGACAAUGGAAUUGAAUUGGUUGAUACUGGUGCCCAAAAGCAAAUUGUUGAACAAGACAUUGGCCCUCCUGAUGUUGUUGAGCCCCGCCAACGACAAGAUCCAGUUGGCGUUCCUGCUCAACGAUUUCAUCCUCAACAUCGACCACAUGAAUAUCCUCGUACUCCAGAUAAUCCUACUCAAUGCUAUUUCUUUCUAAAAAAUCCCCAAAGUCAUACAUCACCUUUCAACUACUCUAUCCACAAUGCAUCGCCAUAUGCUCCACAUCCACAAGACCCGCAACGGUUUGCACCGCCUCCACAAAUGCCUUACAUACCUCUACAAGCAUAUCAACCACCUACCCGCAAGAGGUUCCAACCAAGCCUGGAGUACAAAAUGAAAGGGCAACAACAAAGAGAAAGUCCUUCACUCCUAUUGGAGAAUCAUAUGCCAGUCUGUUCCAAAGGCUGA